GUGAAGGUAAACAGGGAGGGGGUGGAGAACUGAUGCGAUGGAUCCCCUCGUGACACCCCACUUCCAUCCUUUUUCCGGCUCGUAAGACUGCCCUCCUCCACCCUUGCCAGGUGCGAGCAUGCGUUCACCGCGAGCUCGGGGUCGAGGUCACUCGUGGGGACUUCAUAACCUCCCAGUCCCUGAUAUUAUCUUCUCGCCUCGUCCCCAACAUUCAGGUUUCGCGGGAAAGGAUGAGUUCUCUCUUCAGCCAGGGAGCCCGGGUGGCUCUUCAGGGCAGGGCCGGCUGCGCCCUCCUGCUCCGGGCUCCCCCUUUGACAGGCACUCAGCUGGUCCGGGUCAGCAGCAGCUCCGGGCCCGCUGGGUCCCAUCAUGUGCCCUUGGCCUUGAAGAAGCGGGGCUACGACGUCACCAGGAACCCUCAUCUCAACAAGGGGAUGGCAUUUACACUGGAAGAAAGGCUGCAGCUUGGCAUCCAUGGCCUAAUACCCCCUUGCUUCUUGAGCCAAGAUGUGCAGCUCCUCCGGGUGAUGAGAUACUAUGAGAAACAGCCCAGUGAUCUCGACAAGUACAUCAUUCUCAUGACACUCCAAGACAGGAAUGAGAAACUUUUCUACCGAGUACUUACAUCGGAUGUGGAGAAGUUCAUGCCCAUUGUCUAUACACCGACAGUGGGACUGGCAUGUCAGCAGUAUGGCCUGACCUUCCGUAGGCCACGUGGGCUCUUUAUCACCAUUCAUGACAAAGGCCACAUUGCCACGAUGCUGAACUCCUGGCCGGAAGACAAUAUUAAGGCUGUGGUGGUGACAGAUGGAGAACGCAUCCUGGGCCUUGGAGACCUGGGCUGCUAUGGCAUGGGCAUCCCAGUGGGCAAACUCGCAUUGUAUACUGCUUGUGUUGGAGUGAAUCCACAGCACUGCCUUCCAGUUCUGCUAGAUGUUGGCACUAACAAUGAGGCCCUGCUGAAAGACCCUCUGUAUAUUGGACUGAAGCACAAGCGCGUACGUGGGAAAGAGUAUGAUGAAUUGAUCGAUGAGUUCAUGCAAGCAGUGACUGACAAGUUUGGCAUAAACUGCCUCAUCCAGUUUGAAGAUUUUGCUAACGCCAACGCCUUCCGCCUGCUCCACAAAUAUCGUAACAAGUACUGCAUGUUCAAUGAUGACAUCCAGGGCACUGCUUCUGUCGCUGUCGCCGGCAUUUUUGCUGCCUUGCGGAUUAAAAACAAGCUCUCCAACCACGUGUUUGUUUUCCAAGGAGCAGGAGAGGCAGCUAUGGGAAUUGCCCACCUCAUUGUCAUGGCCCUGGAAAAAGAAGGCAUCCCAAAGGCAGAGGCCACCAAGAAGAUCUGGAUGGUGGAUUCCAAGGGGCUCAUUGUGAAGGGAAGGAGUCACCUGAACCAUGAGAAGGAGAUGUUUGCUCAGGAUCAUGCAGAAGUGAAUACCCUGGAGGAGGUAGUCCGGCAGGUGAAACCCACAGCCCUCAUAGGGGUGGCAGCUGUUGCAGGAGCUUUCACUGACCAGAUUCUGAAGGAUAUGGCCUCUUUCAACAAACGACCGAUCAUCUUUGCCUUAAGCAAUCCCACAAGCAAAGCAGAGUGUACCGCUGAGAAAUGCUACGGGCUAACAGAGGGCCGGGGGAUCUUUGCCAGCGGGAGUCCAUUUGACAAAGUAACCCUGGAAGACGGCAGGACCUUUUUCCCUGGGCAAGGAAACAACGCGUACGUGUUCCCUGGAGUGGCGCUGGGCGUCAUCGCCUGCGGGGUCCGGCACAUCCCCGACGAGAUCUUCCUCCUCACGGCUGAGCACAUUGCUCAGGAAGUCUCUGAUGAGCAUCUCGCCCAAGGGCGGCUCUAUCCACCACUCAGCACCAUCCGGGAUGUGUCCCUGAGAAUUGCAGUCAAGGUCCUCGACUAUGCUUACAAACACAGCCUGGCCUCAUGGUACCCAGAGCCUGAGGACAAGGAGGCCUUUGUGAGGUCUCUGGUCUACACUCCAGAAUAUGACUCAUUUGUGCUGGACAGCUACACAUGGCCCAAGGAAGCAGCAGGAGUACAGGAGAUCUGAGGCCAUCUCGUUGGUUCAUAUUAGCAAGUUUGGGUCCCCUCUCCCCCAGUGAGUGAAACUAUAUUCAGGUUUGGAACAAUGACAAUAUAAAUAAUCCCCAAAAUGGUUA